AGCGCUUCAGAGUGGGAGCCUGCUUUCGACUUUCUAGACUCCAGAGCACACCGUCCUGGACCUAAGGACCAAGGUCAUCCUCGACAUCGACAUCUGAGGCUUCUUUCAUUACAGAACUCCUUUCAACCUUGUUGCUGCCACAAAAGUGACGCCUUGUCUGACCUCUCGCAAAGAUGGCACGUAAUGAAGAGAAAGCACAGUCUAUGCUUUAUCGGUUCCGCGAGGCUCAAGCCGCGGAGCUGGGCCUCGGGACACGAACGGACCGACGACCGCGAAUGGCGAGCGCGUGUAAGAGCCUACGAGAAUGCGAACGGUGGCGAGGAGAGAUUCUGCGCGAAAUCAGUCGCAAGGUAUCAAAAAUCCAGGAUGCCGGUCUCACGGACUAUGAGGUCCGCGACCUGAACGACGAGAUCAACAAGCUGAUGAGGGAGAAGCGGCAUUGGGAGAACCAAAUUGUUGCUCUCGGCGGUGCAAACUACAGACGAAAUGUGGCCAUGAUGGACGAUGACGGGAAGGAGGUGCCCGGGACAAAAGGAUACAAGUAUUUCGGGCGAGCGAAGGAGCUUCCAGGUGUGAAGGAGCUCUUCAUGAGCAAAAAGAAGGAAGAAGACGAAGAGAACCAGGCGCAGAGCUACUACAAGAAGUUUACGAACCAGGGUCCGUCGUACUUUGGUGAUCUGGACGAGCAGGAUGGCAAGCUACUGGAGUAUGAGAUGCACGCAGAAGAAGAGGAAUGGGAAGACGCGUAUCAGCACAUACGAACAGCGUUAGGGAUGCCAACUGACCCUAUACCCCCAAUUCCUCGCCCGUCCAAGAACGUUGCUACAAUAACUGUCUCAGACGACUCAAGCACACCAGCACAUCCACCGUCCGACGCUAAACGGAAAGCACCUGACGAAGACGUCGAGAUGAGCACAAACGGCAAUGCGGACGAGCACGCAAAGAGGGCGCGGACUGACAGUGAAGCACAAGGCGGGGCGGAUGCUUCAGCAGUCAACCAACGAGAGGCUGCAAUGGCGUUCGCGCAUGCCACUGCCGCCUUCGUCCCCUUCCUUUCGACAGAGGAGCUACUGCCGCCGAAGAUGCCUUCGAGAGAGGAGAUGGAGACGUUCUUGCUCGACCUCCGGAAGAAGGCCCUAGUAGAGGAGUAUUUCGGUUGAGUGCCGGUUGAUUGGCUGCGUCGUGUACGAUAGGGUGUGUCAGUCUUUCUG